UUCAUUUGAAAUUUCCAGUUUGAACGCCUCCUUCUCUCUCUCUCUCUCUCUCUCUCGUUCUCUCAUGGCUUCGCACUUCAUCUUCCCGAAGAAUCUUCGCGCCCUAGAAGAAGAGCCCGAGGAUGGCCGUCUCUAUGCUCAAAACCCCUUCGCUAUCACCUCACUUCCUCCCUCCGAACUCGCUGAAUUCGUCAAAGGUGUAUCCUUUGAUCUAUCUGACAAGGAGCUUUUCUGCAUCGAAGAGCAAGAUGUGUUUGAUCGUGUAUAUUCAUUAGUAAGAGAUUUUUCAAGUCUCGGCCCGCCUUCUAAAUUCAAUCUUGUAGAGAGUCUUCGUUCAAAUUUCAGUGUUCUUAUUCCAAAUGUUGAUUCCCUCUCGCGGGUCCCCCAAACUCCGGAUGAUGAUCAUCCCACAUUGGACCGGGUUGCCUCCCAUCGCAAUGCUUUCAAAAUCUAUACUUUCUUCAUCCUCAAUAUUGUUCUUGCUGAGGAGUCUAAUGCUAGUUCCAACAACCAUUCUAAGGUUUUGGUGGGUACCCGCAAGAAACAACCUAUAAAUUCAUGGAGUUGGGAGUCACAGAGGGGCCGGAUACUAAACCUGAUUGCUAAUUCACUAGAGAUCAACCUUGCGUUGCUCUUUGGGUCAUCGGAUCCAGAUGAAAAUUAUUUAUCUUUCAUUAUGAAAAACGCAUUCUCUAUGUUUGAGAAUGCAUAUCUGUUAAAAGACUCAGAAGCAAAAGAUGCUUUGUGCCGCAUAAUUGGGACUUGUGCCACAAAAUACCAUUACACACAGCAGUCAUGUGCUUCAAUCCUCCACCUAAUUCACAAAUAUGAUUUUGUUGUUACUCACAUGGCUGAUGCUGUGGCGGGUGCUGAUAAGAAGUAUGCUGAUGGGAGUUUGGCCGCCUGCGUCAUUAGAGAGAUUGGAAGAACCAACCCAAAGGACUAUGUGAAGGAUACUGUUGGAGCUGAAAAUAUAGGGCGUUUUCUGGUAGAGCUUGCAGAUUGUAUGCCCAAAUUAAUUUCAACCAACAUUGGACUAUUGGUACCACACUUUGGUGGAGAAUCUUAUAAGAUAAGGAAUGCUCUUGUUGGGGUGUUGGGGAAGUUAGUCGCAAAAGCAUUUAAGGACAUUGAAGGUGAAGUGAAUUCAAAAUCUCUUCGUCUUCGAACCAAGCAAGCCAUGUUGGAAAUCUUGCUUGAACGAUGCCGUGAUGUUUCUGCAUAUACUAGGAGUCGGGUUCUUCAGGUUUGGGCUGAACUAUGCGAAGAACAUUCUAUUACAAUUGGUUUGUGGAAUGAAGUUGCGGUGGUUGCAGCUGGGAGGUUGGAGGAUAAGAGUGCAAUUGUUAGAAAAUCUGCAUUAAAUUUACUUAUCAUGAUGUUGCAGCAUAAUCCAUUUGGUCCACAACUUCGAGUAGCUUCUUUUGAAGCAACCUUGGAACAGUACAAGAAAAAGUUAAAUGAACUUGAACCAGUCAUCACUUCAGAGAGUGUCUUGGAUGGGUUACCAUCUGAUAAUGAUAACUGCAAUGAAGAUGGUGAGGUUGUUCAUACAAAUGCCGAAGGAAUGACCAAUAACCCGCAAGAGAGUAUAACAGAUAGUUGUAUACCUAAUACUGAAGAUGAGAAUGUGCAGAAGGAUAGUUCUGUGCCAGAUGUUGGAAAUUUGGAGCAGACAAGGGCCUUGGUUGCAUCACUUGAGGCUGGCUUGAGGUUUUCAAAAUGUGUUUCUGCCACAAUGCCAGUUCUUGUUCAACUAAUGGCUUCAUCUUCUGCCACUGAUGUUGAGAACACAAUUCUUUUACUAAUGAGGUGUAAACAGUUCCAAAUUGACGGUGCAGAAGCUUGCCUCCGCAAGAUGUUACCACUGGUGUUUUCACAGGACAAAUCCAUUUAUGAAGCUGUUGAGAAUGCAUUUAUUACGAUAUAUGUCAGAAAAAAUCCUACAGAAACUGCUAAAAAUCUUUUAAAUCUUGCCAUAGAUUCAAAUAUUGGAGAUCUUGCAGCUUUGGAAUCCAUAGUUGCUGCAUUGGUAUCCAAAGGUGAUAUAUCUAUGAGCUUGAUAGCAGCCUUAUGGGAUUUCUUCUGUUUUAACAUCAAUGGAACCACUGGAGAACAAAGUCGUGGUGCUUUAUCUGUCCUUUGUAUGGCAGCAAAAUCAUCUACUACGGUUCUUGGUUCUCAUGUACAGGACAUAAUUGAUAUUGGGUUUGGUCGUUGGGCAAAAUUGGAACCUCUGCUUGCCAGAACGGCAUGCAUUGCUCUUCAGAGAUUGUCUGAAGAGGACAAGACUAAAAUGUUGUCUAGUAAUGGCAACCGGGUAUUUGGCAUUCUAGAAAGCCUAGUAACUGGCUUUUGGCUUCCAGAAAACAUAUGGUAUUCUGCUGCUGAAAAAGCCAUAGGUGCUAUAUAUGCACUUCAUCCCACUCCUGAAACCUUAGCUGCUGACCUGGUAAAACAAUCUCUUAGUUCUGUAUUUGAUCGUAGUGAAGGGCAUGAGUUGCAAAAUGAAAUCAACAGCAGCAGCGCUGCUGUCCUUACCACAGUCCAAGUAUCAAAACUCAGUCGAUUUUUAUUUGUUGUAAGCCACGUUGCCAUGAGCCAGUUGGUAUAUAUUGAGUCCUGCCUACGGAAGAUCCAGAAACAAAAAGUGAAAAAAGAGAAAAUAGGUGCAGAGGGUCAAAAUGUUCAGAGUAAUGGUACAACUCCUGUUGAUGCAGCAAAGCAGGACGAUGGUAUCAAUGCCGAGCUAGGUCUCGCUGCCUCAGACGAUGCCAUACUUGAUAUGCUUUCAGAAAGAGCUGAGAAAGAGAUUGUUUCUUGUGUUUCUGCUGAGAAGAACUUGAUUGCGCAUUGUGCACCUUUCCUGUCAAAACUUUGCCGAAAUUUUAGCUUGAUGCAGAAGUAUCCUGAACUGCAGGCAUCUGGCAUGCUUGCUCUAUGUCAACUUAUGAUUAUUGAUGCAGAUUUCUGCAAUUCAAAUCUCCAGCUUCUCUUCACGGUUGUAGACAGUGCACCAUCAGACACUGUUCGUUCCAACUGCACAAUUGCUCUUGGAGAUUUGGCAGUUCGUUUUCCUAAUCUGUUAGAACCAUGGACUGAAAACAUGUAUGCUCGGUUACGGGAUCCUUCAGUUUCUGUGAGGAAGAAUGCAGUUUUGGUGCUAUCUCAUCUCAUAUUGAAUGAUAUGAUGAAGGUAAAGGGGUAUAUAAAUGAAAUGGCUGCGCGAAUUGAAGAUGAAGAUGAAAGGAUUUCAAAUCUAGCCAAACUUUUCUUUCAUGAGCUGUCAAAGAAAGGAAGCAAUCCAAUAUAUAAUUUGCUUCCCGAUAUCCUUGGAAAAUUAUCCAACCAGAAUCUGAAGGGGGAGUCUUUCUGCAACAUCAUGCAAUUCUUAAUUGGUUCCAUCAAGAAGGACAAACAAAUGGAAGCACUAGUUGAAAAGCUCUGCAAUAGGUUUAGUGGAGUCACAGAUAUCAGACAAUGGGAGUGUCUUUCUUACUGCCUCUCUCAGCUGGCUUUCACUGAAAAAGGGAUGAAGAAGCUCAUGGAUUUGUUUAAAACAUACGAACAUGCUUUAUGUGAGGAUACUGUGAUGGAUCAUUUCAAAAGCAUAAUAAACAAGAGCAAGAAGUUUGCGAAACCAGAACUUAAAUCAUGCAUUGAGGAGUUUGAAGAAAAGCUCAACAAGUUCCACAUGGAAAAGAAGGAGCAAGAAGCGACUACAAGAAAUGCUGAAGUCCAUCAACAAAAAAUUGGUAACUUGGAUGGUUUUAUGGUGGAUAAGAACCUUGUAGAAGAAAGAGCAGAGUCUGAUAUUGCUGAAGAUGGGGAGGUCAUUGAUUCAUCCAUGGAAGGAAAGGAAGGCAUCCAGUCGCUGAAAAGUGCAUCAAAAUCAGAAGUUUUUGAAUCUGAAGAAUGUUCGCAUGCUUCCAGUGAGUUAACAGAAUCAGGAUCAGUUGACAUUGAAGUUCAAUCACCAAAAGCUUGUCCAAGAGGGGCCUUGAAAACAAGAAUAAAAAAGGCCAGCGCUAAACAGGAUGCUCCUCCAACCACCAGAAGAAGUCUAAGGGUGAAGCAAAGGUGAAGGGAAGAUGGACACUAUUACUCAUCUCUUCUUUUGCUACUACCCCCAAAGUAAAUAAUUCUUUUUCUUAUAGGUCCGUACAUGAAGCCAUUUUGUAUUGUAUAUGUAAUAGCAUGUGAAAAUGUCCACACACAGCUUCUCUCUCUCUCUCUCUCUCUCUCUCUCUCUCUCUGUAUAAGCAUGGUCGAAAAUUGAAAUUAACGUAGUUAUUGAUGUGUUAUCGAUCGUUUUAAAA